CUGCAGCACAUCAAUCACAUCACACACGCAAGUAAGAACCCUUGUUAUUCAGCGGAGGGACUUCCAACGCGCCUUGCCCGAUGCUUUUAUAUACUACCAGAUCUCGAUACCCAAAUAGUUGAGCUUGAUUACCUAGCUCGAGGCGCCCGCGCUGAGGACUUUGCUCGAAAAGCCUCGCAUUCCUUAUGGCGUUGCCGCUGCAGCAGGGCAGCAAGAGUGGUGUGCUGUACGUGACGUUUAACCAGGACUGCACUUGCGUGGCGAUUGCCAGCCAGCAGGGCUUGCACGUUUACAAUGUGGACACGCACAAGCUCUGCUUUCGACAUGCAAUUGGAGCUGUCAGAGCGGUGGAGAUGUUGUUCUGCACAAGUCUCAUCGGCUUCGUGGGGGCAGGCGAGCAGCCGGCACUCACCCCCCGCAAGCUGAGCGUCAUGAACACAACCGCCAACCGUCUCAUCCAGGAGCUGACGUACCCCACCUCCGUGCUAGCUGUGCGCAUGAACCGGCAACGGCUUGUGGUGGUGACGGCGCGCCGGGUGCACGUGUACAGCAUGCAGAACCUGACGUGCCUUCGAGUCAUCGACACAGAGGAAAACGCACGGGGAUGUUGCGCGCUCACAUGCUGCCACGAGCCCAACCUCCUGGCGCUGCCCUCGUCCGCAACAACGGGCACGGUGCGCAUUUACGACCUGGCUCAGGAGGGUGGCAAUGUGCUGAGCGAGGCGCAGGCGCACCAAACAUCCGUGACCACCAUGGCCUGGAGUGGCGACGGCGGCCUCCUGGCCACCGCCUCGGCCAAGGGCACCGUCAUCCGGGUGCACCGCCUGCCCUCCGCCGCACGCGCACACAGCUUCCGGCGCGGCACGCUGUCAGCGGCCAUAAACUCCAUGGCCUUCAGCCCGCCCGGCGCGCCCCUGCAGCUGCUGGCAGCCGCCAGCAGCCACGGCACCGUACACGUGUUCCGCCUGGAGGAGCCGGACCCUCCGGGCGUGCUGCCGCGCCCCGCAUCAGCUGCAGCGGGGCUGUUGACGGCGGUUAUGCGAUACUCCGUGGGCGACAUGGUGGAGCCGGCGCGCAACGUCGCGACGAUCCGUUUGCCAACGUCCGUGGGAGCAGCGACCGUCGCCUUCCGGCAAACUCUGGGAGACGGAAUGGACGGUGAUGACCAGGAGGCUUCCAGUUCCGUAGUCGGGUCGCCGUCAGUAGUCGGGACGGGCGCUUUCGGAGCUGGUUCUGCGGCGGAGGCGGAGGCGCCCGAAUACUCCGAGUUUCCAACGGGCGAGGGCGGGUACGCAGCCGAUCAGCGGGCAGGGGAGGGCAGCGGGUUACCAGGGCAUGGCGGUGGCGCAGAGGGCGGUGGGAUGGCAGAAUGCAUGCGGCGGGCACGCAACGGCAUGCCGCCCGCGGCCACGUACCGCGCUGUGGUGAUGGUGGCCACGCUGGAGGGGCUGCUGUAUGAGUACAGCGUGUCAGAGCUGCUCAACCCGCAUGGGCCCAAGGUCAACCUGGAGGGAGAGUGGUCCAUGCUUGGGAGCGGCAGCGUGCUGGGCUGAGCACACCACUAGUGCCGGUGUGCCGGUGUGACUCCCUUGCGGCUUUGGACAUGAGCGACUAAGGUGUGAUGGGCUGUGUCGCCAGCUAGUAUGCGAGGGUACUUCAUGCGAACAAGGUGACGGAGCGCGUGCUUCCUGGUUCUGCUCUCUCUCUCGCCGACGCAACAGCUAGCAACAUGCUUCUUUUUCAUGCAAUGGGGCCCGUUGCCGCUUCAUUGAAGCUGCAUCGGCCGGCUCCCACGGCUGCUUUCGUUGCAGAUUGUUGACGGCUAUCGGUGUUGCGCGGGCAGGUGCGGACAGGUGGAUGAUGAUGAGGUAGGGCAAGGGGCGGUCCAUAGGGGCGGUCCAUACACGAGCCGUUACAUUCAGCGAUCUCCCGGCUCCAGUGGCCAUCUGCAAGGGCAUUAGCGCGGAAGGAUGAAUGAGGCGAAGUGGAGAGGCGACUGAGUUUCUAUACUGUGGUGCACUAGUGCGGUACCGGUACUGUGGUCGAUGCGAUGCCUGGCACAGGAGUGGCCUAGAGCAGCCUAGGGUCGCCGCAGGUGUUGCGGGUGCGUGCUCCUUACCUUCAGGUACACUGCGUGACAGCGUAUCAUCGAUGAGUGGGCUGUGUGGAGGUUCAAGAAGGCGGCAUGCCGCUCCAGCCCCAUUGCGACCUCAGGCAGGGCUGCAUUUGUCCAAAUGCCACGAGACCUUACAACA